AUGCAGCCUUUUGAAAGCAUUUGUGCCUCAUGCAGGCUAUCUGAACAUAAGCGUAGAUCAAAUAUGCUUUGUUCUUUAAACAAUAAAAACACGAGACUUUACGUGCUUGAAAAAAGAACUUACAAAGACAUCUCUACUAAUGAAGAGAUUUCUGCAGAAAGUAGCCAAUCUGCUGCAUUGAGAUUGAGACACGAAGUAUCUUCUGAAAAAACAACCCAAGUUCAAGUUCAACAUGUACUUGAGUCUAAUGGCUCUAAUGAGUCUGAUGAGAAUGAUGAAGACAUUGAAAGUGAUGAUACAGAAAGUGAAGACGAGACAGAUGACAGUCAAUCACAUGGAAUUGCUUGCAGUAAUUUUACAACAGAACCUGGGAUUGAUUAUCAAGGUUCAAUGACUGCUGAGUUUUCUUGCUCAUCUGUAGAAAAUCUGCUGUUUUCCAUGUGCUUUAACAAGGGUAGUGUUCUUCCAGAUUUUGAGCCAAUACUGCCUGAAAUGGCCAUUCUUUUAGUGCAUGGUACAGCCGCAUCAAACAUUUUCUUUCAAAAGAUUUGUGCUUAUAAUAGCACUUUGAGCUUUACUUUGUUGGGUGCAAAAAUUGAUCAUUCUGUUGCAAAUAACAGAAGUGGAGCAUACUGUUUCAGAAUACACGGCACAAUAUGCCAUAAUAUUGGGUCUGUUCUUCCAUCCACUGCUGAAGACUUAAUUAAGCCAAGGUAUGCUCAGCUUUAUAUGUAUGAUCCUGUCUCUCAAGUCAACUUCCAACACAACAAUGCUUCACAUCUCAACCGAAAUAUAAUAGAGCAGAUUCAGAGUAUGCUCAUAAGAGUAAACCCAUUUGUUUCUCUUUUUAAAUCAAUAGAGCAAUACUCUAGAACAGAAAACCAAGUUGUGGAUUUGACCCUUCGUUUGGUUGCUGAUAGUUGA